GAAAUCUUGUUCUUGGUUUGUUUGUUUUUGCCAACGAGUUUGUACAUAACUUGCAUUACCAGUAGUGUACCUGAACCUGCAGCAACUUGCUCAUAGAAUUCAAAUGGUGGGUUUGUUUGAGCCGCGAAAAAUUUAUUUAUUAUUAUUUCCCUCCGAAGUGGAAGUGCAGGCCCUGGUAUUUGGCUCGGAGGAUCUGCUUCCUGCAGUUGAUAUACCGCUUGAUUGAAUAGGCGAUUGAUGGGCAAGUUUUGGUGUGCUUUCCCAGAAUCUUCUUGCUUUUGCCGCACGCCCAAAAAUGAGUAGUUCGCAAGUGGACGAUGUGGAAAUUAAGCACACCGAUCAUUUGGUUGCGGAUUUCAAGCGGCAGAUCCAAAGAACUGAAUUUUCGGACCUUACCCUGGUAGUUGACGGUACUAAAAUUCCUGUCCAUCGGGUGAUCCUGGCAAGUCGCAGUGAUUAUUUCAGGGCCUUGUUAUUUAAUGGCAUGCGCGAAACAAACGCGGAGGAAAUAACUCUGCACGACACAGACCUGCAGUCCUUCAAAGUCCUACUUGAAUACAUUUAUACCGGAUCCAUGAAUUUGACAAGAUUGAAGGUGGAGAUUUUAGCUGGAGUGCUUGGUUUAGCAAAUAAAUAUGGAUUCAACCAGUUAGAAGCGGAUAUGAUUUUCCAUAUGAAAAACGUGUUAAACGAGAAAAAUGUGUGCUCGUUAUACCAAGUUGCAUUCGGAUUCAGCAUGAACGACCUUACCAGCACAUGCAUGAAGUUCGUCGAUCGAUAUGCGAAAAGUGUGCUCGAAUCACCGGAUAUUGUUAAUCUUAAUGCGUUGGCCUUAAAGCAGCUGCUACUUCGCAACUCUUUGUGUGCCCGGGAAAUAGACAUUUUUAAUGUUGUGAAAGGAUGGGCUGCUCAAAAUGAUGAUCCUGAAGGUAUCAAGAUUCUUCUGGAGGCUAUUCGAUGGGAACUGUUGACUGAUGUCGAACUUGUAAAUAAUGUCAGACAAUCCAAUCUUCUGCAGAGUGACAGAAUACUGGAUGUACUUGCUUCUAAGCAACUUCAGAACACCAACAGCAGCCUGCACUGCAAUCAUCGAGGCUUUCUUGAUGCUGGGGUGAAUGUAGCCUCUUCCGCAUUUGGUGCGUCUGUUGUGCGUGGCGAUAUGGGAUCUACGUUGUUGGAUUGUGAUGCCACGAAUUAUGAUCCUGAGCGGGGAUAUACGAGGCAUUCCAUUGAAACGCAAGAUAAAUCCGUUGCAACUUUCAUCCAAGUCAAACUUGGAAUGCCGUGUAUUAUCAACCAUAUUCGAAUGUUGCUUUGGGAUAAGGAUCAGAGAUCAUAUUCUUACUAUGUGGAACUCUCGUAUGACGGCGUGCACUGGACUAAAAUCGUGGACUACUCGCACUUUCUUUGUCGGUCGUGGCAAGAAUUAUAUUUCCCUGCGUGCACAGUGCAGCAUAUCAAGGUUGUAGGAACACACAAUACGGCGAACAAAAUGUUUCAUCUUGUUAAGCUUGAAGCCAUGUGGACGGAAAACGCACCCGAAGUAAAAAAUGGGAUCAUCGUGCCGAAGGAGAAUGUUGUUAGUUUGGCGAAAAAUGCUGCUGUGAUUGAGGGAGUCAGCCGGACUCGUAACGCGCUUAUUAACGGUUCCCUUGUUUAUGACUGGGACAAUGGCUAUUGUUGUCACCAGAUUAACAGUGGGUCUAUCGUGGUUCAGUUGAAUCAACCGUACUAUUUGUCGUCACUUCGGUUAUUGCUGUGGGACGUUGAUGACCGAUUUUAUACGUACGUCAUUCAGACGUCCCAAACACAGCGCGAGUGGUCUCUCGUGGUGGAUACACGUGACAGUCAGCGACGUUCUUGGCAGUCUCAUAGUUUUGCACAGCGCGUGGUAUCUUUCAUCAAACUGCAAGGUAUUACUAACACUGCCAACGAAGUUUUCCAUGCAGUACAUCUAGAAGCCCCUGAUCAGCGGACAGGAGCGGAGACUAGUGCCUCGCAACCGCAGGAUCAUGUCGACAAUGAUGCGGAGUCAGACGGAAACGAUAUGGAAAUGAGUGUUGAUGAGCGACCGAUGGCACUUGCACAUCACCCAGCGCGCCUGAAUACUCAUCAGGUCCGAAAACGGUGGUCCGGGUAG